AUGAAAUAACCAUUUAUAAAUCACAAUUAUAGGGUUUAAUUUAAGCAUCCUAUCAAUAUACAAUAAGAAGGUCUCAUUUCAGAAAUAACAUCUUGUCGCAUUUCACUAUUCAAAACAGUAGUAUUUGCCUUUCUAUCCAUAAUUACUUGUGGCUUACUCUAUUUAGUUACAAGGUGGGACUUAAGAAUUUUCCUAUUUUUCCGUGCUAAGAAGUGUGUCCCUAAAUCUGCAACUCACUUCUUAAUUAUUGGGCAAGGUAAGUAAUUUCGUUAAUGUAUAUUAGACCAGUCUCAAACCUUGGUUAAAUCGAAUCGUUCCAAAGAUGGAAUGCUUUUUAUUGAAUAUAGAUUAUAUAGGUACUAUUAUACAGAAUUUGGAUUCGAUCCCAUAGAAACUAAAUAUCAGACCAUGAUCUAGUAAGAAAUAAGACAGUAAUUGAUAAAUCGAAACGACUAGCUGGACAAAUUUGGAUUUAAUAAUACAGAAAUACCAGACAAAGGAAUUGCUAAAACUUUAAUUGAUGAAGUCUUGAGUCCAUUUUAUAUAUUUUAGGUAAAUAUUAAUAAAAUUUUAGUUUUGUUCUGUACUAUUGUGGUUUUGGGCAUCAUAUCAGCGAUAUGCAACAGUAAUUUUAAUUACAUCAUUAAUUUCAAUAUUUAUAACACUCUAUGAAUAAAGAAGGAGUUUCUAUCGCUUAUAGUAAUUGUCUAAAUUUAACAUUCCAGUUCAAAUAUUAGAUGAAGGAUAAAUGAAGGAAAUUUAAUCUAUAAAUUUAGUACCUGGUGAUAAAUUGAUAAUAAAGGAUGGUAUGAUUAUGCCAUGUGAUGCGAUUUUAUUAAAUGGUUAGGUCAUAUUUAAUGAAGCUAUGUUAACAGGAGAAUCUAUUCCUGUUUUAAAAACAGAGCUUCCAAAUAAUAAAGAAAUUUAUGAUCCCUAAGAUGCAGGAAAAUAAUUUACAUUGUUUGCAGGAACAACUUGUAUGGAGACUAAAGGUUCAGAAGUAAUUGCUUUAGUUACUCAAACGGCUUUUAAUACUUAGAAAGGAUAAUUAAUAAGAUCGAUAAUGUUUCCAGUUUAGAAUUCAUUUAAAUUUUAUGCUGAUUCUAUGAAAUUUGUAGGAAUAAUGGCUAUUUUAGCAGUAAUUGGGUUCAUUAUAACAGUUCCUAAUAAAAUUGAAUAUCUCUUAGAUGACUCAAUAUCAACCUGGGAAUUUAUUAAUGAAGGUCUGGAUUUAAUUACAAUCACAGUUCCACCAGCAUUACCAACAUGUUUACAAAUUGGUAUAAGUAUAGCAUUGGCAAGAUUAAAGAGUUCUAAAAUAUUUUGUAUAUCACCCUAAAAAGUAAAUAUUAGUGGAAAAGUAACUAUAAUGUGUUUUGAUAAAACAGGAACAUUAACAGAAGAAGGAUUAGAUAUGUAUGGUAUUAGAAUGAUAGAGAAUUAGAGAUUUUCAAAGAUUGUAACAUCAAUUGAUGCUAAUACUGAUGUUAAUUUUAUUAAAGGAAUGGCAACUUGUCAUGGAUUAUCAUAGGUAAAAGGUAAAUUAGUAGGUGAUCCUUUGGAAUUGAAGAUGUUUGAAUCUACAAAUUGUGAAUUAAUAGAAGAGAAAGAUGGUCGUAUAAGGAUUAGAAAUAAUGAUAGAAUAAAUGUGGAAAUUAUAAAGAGAUUUGAAUUUUCAUCUAAAUUAUAGAGAAUGUCAGUGAUAGUUAAAGAGAAUGGUUAAUAUUAGGCAUAUAUGAAAGGAUCACCUGAGAAAUUAAGAUAAUUAUGUAAUAAUCAAUCAAUACCUUUUAAUUUUCAUUAGAUUUUAGAUUUCUAUGCUUUAAAUGGAUUUAGAGUAUUAGGUAUGGCAUAGAAAUCAGUAUAAUAAAUAGAUUUAGAUCGUAAUGAAGUAGAAUCAAAUUUAAAUUUUAUUGGAUUCAUUAUUAUGGAAAAUAAAUUGAAACCUAUUACAACUAAGAUUAUUAAAUAAUUAAAGGAUUCUCAUAUUAGAUCAAUAAUGGUUACAGGUGAUAAUGUUUUAACUGCUAUUAGUGUAGCUAGAUAAUGUGGAUUAAUUGAAAAUUAGAGAGUAUAUUUGGGUGAAUUAAGUGAAAAGAAAUUGAAUGGGAAGUAUUUUGUAUCAUGGAAAGAUUUUGAAUAUAAUUAAAAUGAAUUAAAUGAAGAUACUUUGGAACCAUAAUAAUAAAUAAUUAAUAAUUUGAAUGAAAUUUAAAAGGAUGUAGAUGUUCAGUAGGAUUUUGAAUAUUUAAAUUAGAGAUCAUUUUCUAAAAAUUCAGUUAAAAAUAAAUCUUUGCUAGAAGAUCCACCUCCUGUUAACAUUUAACUUGAUAAUAUUAGUGAAAUUUAUACUGACGGAGAUUUCAUGGAAGAAUAACCAUGGAAUGAAAAUGAAAAUUAUGUAUUAGCUAUUUCUGGUGGUGCAUUUAUGCAUUUAAAUAAAUAUGGAUCUUAAGCAACACUUAAUAAUAUACUUGAAAAAACUAUUGUCUAUGCUAGAAUGAGACCAGAAGAAAAAGCUAAUUUAAUACAAUAAUUAUAGAAACAUAAAUCAUUACCUUUAGUAGGAUUCUGUGGAGAUGGUGCUAAUGAUUGCGGAGCCUUAAAAACUGCUGAUGCAGGAAUUUCUUUAUCAUAAGCAGAAGCUUCAAUUGCUGCACCAUUUACUAGUCAAAUUUAAGAUAUAUCAUGUGUUCCAAUUUUAUUAGCAUAAGGUAGAGCAGCUUUAACUACUUCAUUUUGUUGUUUCAAAUUUAUGGCAUUAUAUUCAAUGAUCUAAUUUAUCUAAGUUACUAUACUCUAUCUAAAAUAAUCAAAUUUAACAGAUAAUCAAUAUCUUUACAAUGAUUUAUUUACAAUAUUCCCAUUAAGUAUGACUAUGGGAUUGGUUUAGGCAGCAAAAAUAAAUAAAUUUGUGCCAGGAUCAUCAUUAAUAAGUUUCUCUGUAUUAGGUUCAGUUAUAGGAUAAACUAUUAUUUAAUUAGCUUUUUAAUUAGGAGUUUAUCUAUUAUUAUUGAAAUAAUCAUGGUUUAUUCCAAAUGAAGAACUAAAUUAAGAAGAUUUAAAUGAUGAUUCAAUGAAGAUUUGUUUUGAAAAUACAACUUUAUUUAUUUUUGGCAAUUUCUAAUAUUUGAUGAUAGCUUUGGCUUAUUCAAAUGGAAAACCUUUCAGAAAACCAUUCUAUACCAAUUUUUAUUUCAUAGGAAGUACAAUAUUUCUAUUCAUUCUUGCCAUUGUGUUUCUUCUGAUGAGGAUUGAUUAUAUUGACGACAUUAUGGGGGUAUAAUAUUAAAUAUUAAUAUUUUUAGUUUAUUUUCUAGAGUUAUGAUGAUCAAUACAUUAUGCCUGAAUCAUGGACAUCUCUAUUAGGCAUUAUUGCUAUCAUAAAUGCUGCAAUUACAUUUAUUUAUGAAAAGCUUGUUGUACCAAAAUUAAUAUUCAAAACAAAAGUGCAAUCAAUACAAUUCUGAU